GAAAGACUACAGGUAAGUUGUAGACCUCAAGGUAAUGCCAGUGAUUUACAAAUUUUUUUUUUUUUUUUUUUUUAAUCUGAGCCCUUCCUUUGUCCUCUGAGUUGGGCCUGUCUUUAACAAAUAGGCUUUGUUUAAUAUGAGACACCUGCACUGGAACCUAAACUUAAGGGAUUUACUUUCUUUUAUUUGGUUGGAUAAUUUUCUUGGCAUUCUGUGUUUACCAAAAACAUGCAGUUGCACCUGUCAAAAUUAGUAUUUGAAUUGUUCCUGGUUCACUAAGCAUAUCUAAAUCCUCUCAUGUUUCAUUCAUUGUUCAGAAAAUUCAACUUGUAGAAAAACAAAAAAAGCAGAAGCAGGGAGAAAUUUGUAUUUCUCCAUUGCAUUUAGCAUCUCUAAACAGCCAUUUUUUGUGUCCUAUUUUAUCUUAAGAGUUACUGCUAUUCAAUAUAUUUCUUCAGUUCUAAACUGCCACAGAACCACUGUUUGCUUAGUUAGGUAUUUGAUCUCAUUAAAGUAGCCACUGCUUGUUACAGGGCUGUGGGUGUGCUAUACCACAGAUUUCUCAUAGUGGAUAAAGAAAGAGAUGAAGAAAGAUAUUUUCCAAAUUCAACAAAAGCAUUAUAGAAUACAAUUUUAAUGAAGUUACUCAUUUUUGUGUAUCUUAGCCUGUUGCACCACAUUGUCACUCCUUAGGAAGUUCUUAAAAUUAAUGCAAGUUUUCAAACAGCUCAAGAGAGCUAUAUGACAAUAAUAACAUUAAAAUGACCAGCAAUGAUUGUGUGUUUGCUCUGUCAGGCACUGUUGUGAGCCUGAUACAUGCAUUUAUGUAUUUAUACCAAUGUUUAGUCUUAACGACUCUUGGGAACUAAAUCUUAUAAUUGUUAUCCAUAUCCAGCAGCUGAAGAAACUAAGGCACAGCUUCUUGCCUGUCUUAAGAUAACACAAAUAGGAGGUGACAGAACUAUAGAGUGAAGAGCUGGGAAUAUAUCUCAGCAGCACAGCACCAGCCUGACAAGCUCAAGGUCCUAAGUUUGAUUUCCAGUGCCAAAAAAAACAAGGAAGUAAAGAAAGGUUUGGCACUUUAUCUUCUUAGUUUUCUACUAAGCUACAGAUACAAGAGGUUUCCUAAUGAGCAAAUCUUGUUAAAACUACGUAUAAAUGCAUGUAUUUUUCUGGGUACAAGGGUAGCAUGUGUUGCGGAUUUGUUGAAUUUACAAAAGAAAAUACCUUUAAAUUUAUAUGACAUUCACAACCAUGUUACUACCCUUCCAUUUUGCUUUCCUUUUAAUUUCAGAGUUGAAAUUCAUUUUUGCCUGGGAGAUAAGUCUCAAGUUUAACUACUUUUAACCAAUUUCAACUAAUUUCAACCAGUUUUCCUGGAAAAGUAGGUUUUUGCCUUUUUGGUUAUUUUCCCUCAGGGAAAAAGCAACCCUUUCAGUUAGUUCAGAUGCUUUACAGAAAACAAAGAAUUUUGAAAAAGGGUAGAAGGUUUUUUGUUUUUUGUUUUGUAUGCACUUGGAAACAAGCUGUAAUCUAAAUUUGAAGAGAUCUUCAUCUUUGACUUCUUAAAUAACCUAAGCCCCUGAUUUUUUUUCAAGUUUUCUCCAAGAUACUGUACUUAAUCUCUAAAAGUGCUUCUGUUCACUUUUUAAAGUACUUUUCUCAAUUUAUAUUUUAAAGGCUGUAUUUAUAUAGAAUCCAUAGGGCAACAAACAGGUAUAUGCUGCCCUUUGCAACAUCUCUUUAAAAACUGUAUCGAUAUGCCAGAAUGAAAAACACUUAUUUUGACACAUAGUAGCUGACAUCUAAAAUAAUUUUUCCAGUCACUUUCAGCCUUCAACUGCCCAUUGUAUUACUUAACUCCAUGUUUCCGAGUAAAAAAAGGUCCUCACUUACCAUUUUAUAAAACAUAAAAGGUAGUAAAGAGUAUCCUCCCAUGAGGUCACAUGCAAAAUAAAACACUCUCCAUAUGCAGUUUAGCCAUUUGUAGGGCUUAGCAUUCCAAGACUCAGUGGUGUGUUGUGUGCUGCGAUAGCCCAUAAAUAAUGGUGAACUGCUGCCAUUUGAGGGGAAAAAAACAAUAAUUUUUCAAAAGAAUUGGGUACAGAAAUUAAUACUCUCAAAAUUACUUUCAGUUCUACCAACAUUCUCUUUAGAGCCUUUUCAGCCCUGGAAAUUUAGGGUAGCAGAAUCAAUUUUCUUCAAAAUAAGUAAAAAUACCUAAGGGAUCAGUAGCUCUAUAGCAUUUUUUUAUUGUAUCCUAUUUGCCAGCGUCCCGUUCCUUUUGUAUUCCUUUGCACAAUUCCCUGAUGAAUAUAUAGGUUUUACGUCUAAAAAAUCUUCAUCUCCAAAUCAAAAUUGCUAUCCAUUGGCUUUUACACCAUAAGACUAAGUGCAUAGAAAGGAAAAGGCGAAAUGAAAAAAACCUGUGUUGUAUUUCAGAUGAUUUUCACCUUACAGAAACCAUAAGCCCCUCCCCUUUUCAGGGUGUGCUUUUUUCUCCCUCCUCUUUUCACAGCAGACUAAUUGGGGAGGUACCUAGAAGUAUAAGUUCACUAUUUACACAAAGGGAGCUAGUACAGUAAUGAGCAGCUACAACAUCUCAGUCACAGGCUGAACUCUCAACAGCAGUGUCUUGGGUAGGCUCAGACUUGCAAUCGCCCUGCUUCAGCCUCUUCAAGUUUCUACUUAAGGUAGAACCACAUACCUCUGGAGAAGAUGCUGGUACUGAACUGUUCUACCAAAUUACUGGCUCUGGAGAAAAUACUGAAGAGUCACUUUCCUGAAUCGCUUAAGGUUUAUGGAGCAGUGAUGAACAUAAAUCGUGGGAAUCCCUUUCAAAAGGAAAUCGUAUUGGAUUCAUGGCCAGACUUCAAAGCUGUCAUAACCCGACGACAAAGAGAGGCUGAGGCAGAUAACCUCGACCACUACACUAAUGCCUAUGCCGUGUUCUACAAGGACAUCAGGGCUUACCACCAGCUACUGGAAGAACCUGGUGUUAUUAAUUGGGACCAAGUUUUUCAAAUACAAGGGCUUCAGAGUGAAAUAUAUGAUGUUUCCAAAGUUGUUGCCAAUGCAAAGCAGUUGGAUAUAAAGCUGUCUUCCUUCAAGGCUGUUCACUUUUCUCCUAUUUCAUCUCUGCCAGAUACCAGUUUCCUAACAGUGUCUCCCCCACGCCUAACCCACCUGAGUGUCAAUGAUGCUGAUCUUCUCAAUCGAACUUGGUCAAGGGGUGGCAACAAACAGUGUCUCCGGUACAUCGCCAAACUCAUCUCUUGCUUCCCCAGUGUGUGUGUCCGUGAUGAAAAGGGAAACCCAGUGUCCUGGGGGAUCACAGACCAGUUUGCCACCAUGUGCCAUGGUUACACCCUACCCGAUCAUCGCAGGAAAGGUUAUAGCCGGCUAGUGGCCCUCACGCUGGCCAGGAAGUUGCAAAGUCGAGGAUUCCCCUCUCAGGGAAAUGUCCGCGAUGACAACGAGGCAUCUAUCAACCUCUUGAAGAGCAUCCAUGCUGAGUUCUUGCCUUGUCGUUUUUAUAGGCUGAUUCUUACCCCCAGGGCUUUCUCUGGGAAAGCUCGUCUUUAGCCCAAUAAAACUCUAGAAAUUUUCUUACUUUCCCUAAACAUGACAUACUCUUGGCUGCCAAGGAGGGGAGAAUUAAACCUGGAGUCAGGGAAUCCUUGGGUUGUUGAAAAGGGCCUGGAGAAGAUGUGUAGCACCAUCCUGAGAACAUUAACUAAUCCCAUCUUGGUUUUCUACUAUAAAUAACUGCAGGGUUUGGGGUGUCUGUUGUUGAGAACUGAUGUUUGUCCUCUGUUAGGAAGCUCCACAGGGAAGAAAUUUUGUAAGCCAACAGUUCUUAGCAUAGUGGCAGAAAUGACUGCAUGAGCAUAAGUCAUUUAACAUGGGACUUACCGCAUAACUGCUUGGGCCUUUGCUCUGUAUUUUCACCCUCAUACGGGUCCUCGUAGUGCCAUAGGAUUGCCCUGUCUCCUGCUGUGUCUCACCAGCCUCUAUUCCUACCAUCUCUGACCUAAGUUCUCUAUAGAUUAUCCUGAAUUUUCUCUUUUAAUUGCUUUCUCCACUUCUACUUAAAACCCUAGCCUGUUCUCCCCGGGGAAUGUCCAAAUGCUGCAGGUCCUCUCAUUUUAAUGUUUAUCAGAAUCCCUUGGGAGGCAGGUGACAGCACAGAGGGCUGGCCCCUCCCCACAGUUCCUGCUUCACUUCGAGAUAGAGUAAGGAAGGCCUGAGAAUUUGGAUUUCCAACAGGUUUCCACUUCUCUGUUGCCUAAGGUGGAUGAAGGUACAGGCCUCCUAAUGCAUGUCCUAUAAACAGGACUAACCCCAUAGCCUGUUCCAGUCCUCUUGGUUAUAGUCUGCGUCUUCAUAAGAAACUAAGAUUCACAUAUAGGUGUAUAAGCAGGCACACAAAUGCAAUAUAAACAUGCAUACAUUACGUACAUGUUUAGUCUAUGUGCAUAUGUGUAUGCCCCUAGCAUUUUAAUAAUGAACUUCAGCCGUCUUGUUACAGGGGAAAAAUUUGGGGUCCAGGUAAAAUAAAUGGCUUCUCAAGAUUAUAUUUUAUCAUUGACAUUGGCGACAAAGCCAAAAUCUGUGAUUUUUAAUUUCAACUUGCACUUUUCAUUAAAUCAUGUAUCUUCUUUAUAAAGAAAAUUGAGUGGUUAAAUAAUUAAAUUAGUAUUUUAUUCUA